GAACAACGAGGAGACGACGAAGAAAAAGACUGGGAUAAUUACGUCGCUUUUCGCCCCCGUAUGUGAGCCAACGGUGCCAAAAUCCAUUCUUCUGGAGUGCCAAGGGAAUCAAACGCAGUCUUUGUUACAUACCUCAUAUGCAGACUACCGUCUAUGCUGAAGGAGCUUUGUUGGCUGUGCCAUGGGUGCCUGUGAAUGUCGGAGGUUCCAAAUUGUUGGCCAAAGCCUGGUUUGGUGACACAGAAUAUCAGUUGAUGCUGAGUGACCUAAACGGCGUUUGGGAGGAAGUGAUGGGCAUAAACAACAUUGAGAGACGUGCACAGGUUCUAAAUAAGCGUCUAAGGGCUCCAGUGCACACAUUUUUUGCUCAUCUGCGCUCGGUGGCCAUGCCAUGUCUGUCAGGUCAGUCAUAUGAACAGAGCAUUGCGGUGCGUUUUCUUCUCAAGCAUCAGGAGGGCCACCUAAUUGUCAGACUCAAGAGUGAGCUGGGGGAUGUACCGUUCUAUUGGGAAUUCCACUGCACUCCUGCCUCGAUAGCGGUGGUCUCCAGAGAGCUAGUGUGUCCCUUGUUGUCUAUGACCCAAGUGCUACAGAGGCAUGUUGGAGAACUAACUGCUUUGUUGCUCAAGAAAGAUGCUGAGAUACAAGAUUACAAAGAGAAUGGAGCCAUACUUAGCAGAGGUAGGCUUCAAACUGAGCCAUUUAAGGAGGAGCAAUACAGAAAGAACUUCAGUCAGAGACUACCUAACAUGCUACAGGACAGUCUGGACUUUCACUCUGAUCUUCAGGAGCUGUAUGUAUCCAUAUGUGCUGCGAAAAAUGCCCGAAAGCGCAAGCAUUCUAGUGAAUACAGCUUUGCUUCAGUAGACAGCUUUGACCCUGACCAGGACCAGACUAGCUAUGUGGCAACAGGUAUGAAGCCAGUCUCUCCUGGUUGUAACCAAAAUUAUGCAAGCCAUCAAGUAGAAGAUACACAGUGUGCUGACUCCAAUGAGACUGUGAGACACUUACCUGCUGCUGCAGUUCCUCCUGUAUUUAUACCUGCAGACAGAUCAGUUAUUCACUCCAAGAAGAAGAAAGCAGUUGGGCUCUUCCAAUAAAAUUAUGGUGCAAUAGUUCAUGGAUUCCCCCAAAUAUCCUGUUUUCGGAUGUGUUUGUAUAUUUUUAAUAUUCUAAAAUAGUACACGGUUGGUUUUAUGGCCAUUCAAAAUAAAUUAAAAAUGUUGUAGUGGA